AUGGGUUAUAAUACUUUGCAGAGUUCUGAGGAGGUGGAGACUAAGGAGUCGCUGGCACAUCUGGCUGCCUCAUCCAUUGAGAAAGAGGGCUACGAGGGGCUGGAGAAGUACACCCAGAGUCUCUCUUCAGUGGAGAGUCUGUUGACCUUUGACCGGCUGAAGCAAGAAGUGGCCAUUCUGGAUGCGAUGAAGAGAAAGGGAGUCAGCCUGGCACAGCAAGCCCAGGAGCUGCCAGUGUUUUUGCCUCUUCUCAAAGUUGGAUCUAUGUUGACCACGGGCAGCGGAGAAGGAGAGGAAAGCAGGAUGCGAUUUUACGGCGAAAACAGUCCAAUGUGGAGUCCCUGCAGCAGUGCCACCUCCUUGACCUCCCUUGUGAUGAACAACCAGCAGCCGCAGCACCAACUGCUUCCUGGGGGCAUGGAGGACAUGUACUCCUCCCCCUACAUGUCAUACAGGCCAGGCAUGGGGGGCAUGAUGUCAAGCAGGAGACACUCUUCAAGUCAGUCAGCUAUGAGGCGGAGUACAUCUUACGGGUACAAUGGCAGAAAUGGUCCGUUCCACUUCUCGAGGGAAAACUCAGUCCAGAGUCUCUCAGGAGGAAUCGGAGCCGAAGGGGACGAAGACCAGGACGCCCGCUACAUGACGCGGGCUCACUACUCCCGCAACUACCCUCCAUCCCCCCUGAGUCGAAUCACGAGUAGCUCCCAGACACUUAGAGGAGUCCAUACAUCUCAGGGUAUCGCCCGCAGUGAGAGGAGGAGAUCGAGUCAAAGGGGAUCGAGGGGAAUGGAAGUUGAUUCUGAGUUGAGAAGGUCUUCUGGAAGCAGAAUGGCGUCCAUGGAAAAUUUGGAACAUAGAGCAGAUGCCAGUAGCACCAACUCAACGGAACAAAUGAUCACAACGACAACAGCAACAACAACACCCUCCGUUUCAGUACAAUGCACAAGCAGAGACCUUUCCGAGAACAACCAUGUCAAAGCUCACAGGAGGUCAAGCUCACCAGGGGACAAGUUUGCAAUACCAGAGGAAGAAGAAGAGGUGGCUAUGCAGAACCUGAAUAGACCUAAAGACGUGAGGCUGAAGUCACUGUCAAAUCCACACUUGCUCGCGUUGUCUACAAACCCUGCUCCCGGAGGCGGCGGAGGAGGUGCAGGCAGACCCCUGAGUCCCCGUCCGAGGGGCAGCAACAGCCGACUAAUGACUACCCUGGAGGAACAGGACGAGCAGGCAGGAGGACCACCAAUGCGUAAGAGCAAACAGGUUCAGAGGGCUGCCAGUCUUCACUCAGACGACGCAAACGAGUCUAUAUCAAAGAACAUGUUGCCUGUGGCUCCCUCUAGACUGGAAGAGGUGCCAAGUUGGAUGUGUGUGGGCGUGGCUGUGAGGGUGGGCCACCCGAACAAGAAGGGCACUGUGAUGUACUGUGGACGCACACACUUCUCAGAGGGCACCAUGGUCGGAGUCAGUCUCAACUCUCCUCACGGUCGACACGAUGGCUCAGUUGACGGUGUGAAAUACUUCCAGUGCUUACCCAAUCACGGAGUGUUUGUCAAAGCCGACAGGUUGGAACCGAUCUCCCAGGAUGAGAUGCGCAAUCAUUCUCAGAAAUAAGAUAGAAAAUGACGUCCUUUCUCAGCUCUUUUUAAACCUCAUUUCUAUUGAAAAGAUACUGGAACUAUAUCGAAAAACUGGUAACUGAUUGCUAUUCAAAAAAGAAACAUUGUGUCAAAUUUGGUGGAGGUUAUCUUGGUGCCUGAAUUAAAAUGCUGCUACUGAAAAAUUAGCAUUCAAUUAGC